AUGGUUUUUAGUACUCAUAGAGUGCUCAUUCUUCUCAUUUGUAUCGGGUUACUAUCAGUUCAACCGGAUAAAGUUUCUGGCCUGAGAAAUAUAGACACUGCCCUCGGAGAGCACAAAGAAAACAAUCAGAUACUUCUUCAGAUUCGCCGCUUUCUUAAGGUUGUCAACAUGGACGGAAUGAACACGAAGAAGAGAUCGUCCAGCCAAAAUGACAAGUUCGACCCUGAUCGAUCGAGCAAAAGAAAAGUCGGGAGAGGUUCUGAUCCUAUCCACAACAGGUCUUGA